GUCGAGCGUCGACAUUUUGAGCACUAACAAUUAAAAGUAACGGCGGUUGACGCAACAUUUAACGCUGUCAUGUGGACCCAACUACUGAAACUUCACUGCAUGCUGCUCGUUGGAUUGCUGUUUGGCAGCGAGAAAGCUGCUGGCUUGCUGGAUGCCUCAUUAGCAGUUAUAGAAGCAGGCGGCGUUGCUGCACGGCAACAGGAACAGAUGGCAGCAAAAGCUGUGCUCGACAUGGUGCCAGCACCAGCACGCGGCAGUUUUCUGCUCUACCAAUUAGCAAAGGCCAUAAAUUCUGGCAACUACCCUUGGCUGGAGCCGCAGCGUCAAUUUCUCGGUCUGGAGUUGCAGGAGCAAGAACAGGAACUGAUUGUGGAGCAGCAAGUCGAUGUUGUGGACUCCAGCUGGAUGGCCGCAAUGGCAAAUGAAUUUCAGUAUGUGCCCGUUUAUGAGAAUUUUCCACUGGACUUACAGACGUGGUUAAUGGACAGUUAUAGCCUCGAUGCCAUCGAUGUGUAUGAUGGCUGGAUGCGAAGCACUCGACGCUCUGGUGUCGGUGGUCAGGAGAUUUGCAAUGCCGCUGGACAGUGCUUUGAGGUGGCGCAAAUAGUCGGCGCCUGUUGUCCAUUUUGAGGAUAAUAAAAUUCAUUGUGAAAUCGCGAAAAAGAAUAGUGAAGUGUUUUUGAAUAUGAGAUACCCGUUACACAUGUUCAAUAAAUGCAAAAUAGUGAGGUAUUAUUCUUAAAAUAUACUAACUUAAUAUACUGAAAAAUUAUAAAAUAUACCGAGUGCUGUAUUUGGUACCAUAACAUCCAAAAUAUACCAUAAAAUACAUUAUAUACCAGAUUGUGCUUUAAGGAUAUACUAUGACAUCCAAAAUAUACCAUAUCCAAAAUAUACCAAGCUUACAAAAUAUACCAUAGUGAGCUUUAAGGUGGUGCAAGUAGUCGUCGCCUUUUUGUCCAUUUUGAGUAGAAUAAAAUACAUUUU